AUGAGACGCAGCAGCCUCCAGUCUGUACAGCGGGUCCUCCUGGUUCUGCUGGUGGUGCUGGUGUGCCUUCUGCUGCACAACACGUUUCUGGGAGCUUCGGCUCGGCCCAAACUCUCAGAUAAGUGGAAGAACAUCCACAGCCCAGCAAAAGCUCCGACCGAGACGCCGGCCCAGGAUGUGGUCUCUGUGGUUAUCUGUGCUUCAGAGGAGCGUCUGGGUGCCACCAUGGCAACUAUCAACAGCAUCUACAGCAACACGGACGCUGAUGUCUUCUUCUACAUCGUCACACUGAGAGACGCUGUCGCUCUGACUCGGCACUACAUCCAGUCCACCUCCCUGCAGGGCAUCCAGUACAAGAUCCUGGAGUUUAACCCCAUGGUGCUGCGUGGGAAGGUGAAGCCCGACUCGUCCAGACCGGACCUGCUGCAUCCUCUCAACUUUGUGCGUUUCUACCUGCCGCUGCUCGCCAUCCCACACCGCAGGGUCAUCUACCUGGAUGAUGACAUCAUCGUACAAGGCGACAUCUUGAAUCUCUUCAAGGUCAAGCUCCACCCUGAACACGCCGCAGCCUUUGCCUCCGACUGCGACCUGCCCUCCACUCAUGAGAUGGUGCGCAGCAUUGGCAUGCAGACCACCUACAUGGGCUUCCUGGACUACAGGAAGCAGGAAGUGAAGGACCUGGGCAUCAACCCCAGUGACUGCUCCUUCAACCCCGGAGUGUUUGUGGCGGACUUGACCAGGUGGAAGCAGCAGAAGAUCACCAAGCUGCUGGAGACCUGCAUGGAGGAGAAUUUCAGACUGAACAUCUACAGCAGUGCCAUGGCAGGAGGCGUGGCCACUCCACCCAUGCUGAUCGUUUUCCACAACAAAUACACCAAGCUGGACCCACGGUGGCACGUCAGGCACCUCGGUUGGAGCCCAGACGCUCGCUAUCCCGACAGCGUCCUGAAGGAGGCGCAGCUGCUCCACUGGAACGGCCCGUUCAAACCAUGGAAGUACCCAGCUGUGCACUCUGACCUCUGGGAGAAGUGGUUCAUCCCCGAUCCUUCUGGCCGCUUCCUCUUAGAUCGACCUGAGUCUGACCGCUGA